AUGCAAUUAGAAAUUUAUAAAGAUAGAACGUCAGCAAAUGAUACUAAUUAGUAAAUCAAAGCAGCUGAAACAUUAUAAUCUUUGGUACAAUAUAUUAAUGAAGUCACAGAAAUUGUUAAUAAAAUUAAACUCAAGAAUGAGGCAGAAUUUAUUAUUGCUUACAAAAAUCAUAUGAAAAAAAUUAAGGCUGAAUUGAAAGAAUUAAAAAAUAAAACUGAAGAAUAACAAAAUAAUAUGAUUUUAAAUAAAGUCAAAAUAAACUAAAAUGAUAAUGAAUUGGUAAAUUUUUAUUUGAAUAUCCCUUAGACUCUUUUUAGAGAAGAAUGUUUGAGAUUAUAUGAAAAAAUUGAGUAAAAAAAUAAAGAAAAUUAAGAAUUAAAAUUUAAAUUACAAGAAUCCAAAAAAACAAACGAUUUUUUAGAAUAAUAAGUCAAAGGUUUAAUGAAAAAACUCAAAUUGUAUGAAAUCGAGAAAGAAUAACAAGCUACUCCAUUAUUAGAACAAACUUUUUGUACAACUGCUCCUGCAAAUCAAUUUAGUAAUUUUUUAAUUAAUUUAAAGAAUUCACUAAAAGAAAAAUGACUGAAUAUUAAUCAAAAUUAGAUCUCUCUUCAUCAUUAUCUAAAUAUCAUUUUCUAACAAUUAAAGAUAUGUUUUUUAAUGAAGAAUAAAAUAAUAAUAAUAUAAAAAAUGAUGAAAUAAUUGAAAAAGUUUCUAAGUAAUUAAUUAGAAUAUAUUUAAAGAUAUGUUACUUAAAUAGAGUAGAAAUAUUAAAAGUAAAUACAAAAUUUAAAUUAAAAAGCUCAUAAUUUAUUAAUUUCCUAAAAUAAGAAAAGUGUUAUCAGAAGUGAUCUUGAAUCCUUCUUUUUAGAAUGUGUCGAGAGUGUUCGAAGAGAUAUUUUAAAAAAGAAAAAACCUUUUGGAAAUAACUAAAUUUUGUAAUCCUAAAUUGAUAAUUUUACUGAUUACUCUUAAUUUCAUAAAGAAGAUAAAUUAAAAAUAUUAGAACUAGUAGUAAGUAAUGAAAAAAUCUUAGUCUUCUUAUAUCAAAAAUUAUUUCCAAACCAUGUGAAUUUAGUUAUAAAAUCAAUUCGAGAGGACAUUAAUAUAAAUAACUUUUUAGAUCAAAGUGUAAAAUGUGAUUAAUCAAGUAAUCAGCAUUAAAGUGGUGAUUAUAAGGUAGAUGUUCCAAAAACAACAAGGGAAGUACGUUCAGCUUCAUUAAGCAAGUAAUUAGAAGUAAAAAGAGGAAAACUUUUAUUUAAACAAUAUUGA